AUGGCAUCAAACCUCCCCAAGGAAUACAAGGUCGGCGUCUUCGAGGCCAAAGGCGAACCGAUCAAGUUCAAGCAAGUCAAACUGGAGCUGCCAAAGCCGGGCGAGGUCCUAGUCAAGGUGCUAGCCUGUGGCGUUUGUCACUCCGACCAUGCCGUUCGCUUCGGCCUGUUUGGCAACAGCUUUCCCAUUAUCCCCGGUCAUGAAAUCAUCGGUGAGGUUGCCGCAGUUCCAGAUACGGAGACGCGCUGGAAAGUGGGAGAUCGUGUGGGAGGACCGUGGCACGGUGGUCAUGACAACACCUGCAUCCCAUGUCAGCGCGGGCUGUUCCAAAUGUGUGAAAAGGAAGCCAUCAACGGGGUCACUAGGGAUGGAGGAUACGGGGAAUAUGUCACUUUGCGGACCGAGGCUGUUGUCAGGGUCCCGGCCGACGUCGAUCCAGCCGAAUACUGUCCUGUCCUUUGCGCAGGAGUGACGGUGUUCAAUUCUUUGCGACAACAAAAGGUCCUGGCGGGUUCGCUCGUCGCGGUCCAGGGACUCGGUGGCCUCGGGCAUCUUGCGUUACAGUACGCGAGCAAGAUGGGAUAUAGGACGGUGGCCAUCUCCUCGAGCUCCGACAAGAAGGAAUUCGCCACACAGUUGGGGGCACAUGAAUACAUUGACGCAUCCCAGGGCGACAUUGGUGCACAACUCCAGAAGUUGGGAGGCGCUGCGUGCAUUCUGUUCACUGCGCCCAACGAAAAACUCAUUCCUUCGCUGCUGAAUGGACUGGGGCCGUUGGGCAAGCUGAUUAUUCUGGCAGCGUCGAGCCCCGUCGAGGUGAAUACGGCAUCCAUGAUUUCCAAGGGCCUCAGCAUCCAGGCAUGGCCCAGCGGUCACGCUCUCGACAGCGAAGAAGCCAUCUCUUUUGCUCAAGUGCACGGCGUCCAUGUCAUGAUUGAAAAGUUCCCACUGGACAAGGCCAACGAAGCCAUGGAGAAGAUGACCAGCGGCAAGGUCAGGUUCCGAGGGGUGCUCAUCCCAUAG